UGCGAUUUGGAACGCUCGUGUUUUGGAAAGCUAGCGAAAGUAAAAGUGAAAAGUCGGUUUUGCCUUUCCAGUGUGCUUCGGAAAAAGGCGCGAAAAUUUUCCUACGCUACAAAAGCUACUUGGCGCGACGGUGUUCAGCGUUGAGGUGAUUGAUUUGACGGCAGUGUUGUUGGGUGUUGUUGUGCUUUCGAAGAAAUUUACGUGAAUUAAUAGCUGAAGCCUAAAUUAGCAACGCUGCUUGUUGUGCGUCUCUGCAGCCUUCCAGGAGUUUUUGUCUGCCUAUACCGAAGUGUUGGUGUUAUGGUGUAGCGCCAUCUUACGGGAAUACGGUUGCAUACUUUCAGGGUCGAGCGAAAGGGCUGCGCGCAGUAGUCGGUGUAAGGAGCCCCGGUAGACUGACCGAAGAACUGCAGCAUCGCCAUGGCUUCGAUUGAUUACGACUAUCUGAUAAAGUUCCUGGCCGUCGGCGAUUCAGGCGUCGGAAAAACUAGCUUCCUUUAUCAGUACACAGAUGGAGUGUUUCACACCAAAUUCAUCUCGACAGUUGGCAUCGAUUUUCGCGAGAAGCGAGUGCUGUACAAUUCAAAUGGAAUCAACCAUCGAGUGCAUAUGCAGCUCUGGGACACGGCCGGGCAGGAACGUUUCCGCAGUUUGACGACGGCUUUCUACCGGGACUCGAUGGGCUUCAUUCUGAUCUUCGACAUCACAAACGAGCAGAGCUUCCUGGACGUGCAGAACUGGAUGGAACAGCUGCGGUUGCACGCCUACUGCGACGACCCGGACAUAGUGCUGUGUGGCAACAAGGCCGAUCUGGACCACAAGCGGGUGAUUAGCGAAACGAGGGCCAAAAGCCUGGCGGACAAGUACCAUAUCGAUUAUAUCGAGACGAGUGCAUUCACCGGACAUAACGUGAAGGAGGCCAUUGAGCUGCUGCUGGACAAGGUCAUGAAACGGAUCGAAACGGUUGUCCUCAGUACGACGAUUCAGGCCCGGAGGGGUCUGCCGAAGCUUUUCGUCGAUACCAAGGAUACGAGCGGAGCGAUUCGACUCAAUGGGAAUGGGCACGAGGCGACAGGAGACAAACCGGAUCAGGUGGGUGGCGGAAGAGCCGGAUGUAAAUGUUGAGCACGCUGCAUUGGUGCCGAACUUUGGAACGUUUUUAGUAUUUUGUGGCGCUCAAUAGAUGAUCGAAGUAGGCUUAGAUUUUGGUAACGAAACGAUGAUUUUGUAUUUGAACGAAGGUAAAAAAAAUAAAUAAGGUAGCUUGUGUAUUCGACAAAAGCGGUGGCCUGCUGCGUUGAUGUGUAGAUUUUUUUAUUUAUCUCAAAUCGAGAUAAAUCGAUCUAAUAUUUGGGACUAAACAGGCUGGAUAACGAAAACUUAUGCUCACUACUAGAAUCACUGUUUUAAGUAGGUUAAAUGAAAACAAAAACAAACUGUCUCUAAAUGACUAAAAAGAGUGACACAAACUGAUUUAUGAAAUAAUGUUAAAACAAACAACCACUUUUGUGAAUAAGACAAUAUAUUCAUUAAAUGAAACCAAAAAAAAAACCAAACAGUCAAAACAUGUUACGCAAAAAUGAAAACAAAAACAAAGCUACCAGAUGCCAAACUUUUAUUAAUAGUUAUAAGUUGAUCGAUAGUGGAAAUUUUCCGAAUCUCUCGUACGGGAAAAGCUAGUCUUUAUUAUAUUAUUAUUACAUGUUGCAAAACUUAAGCAAGUAGUUGAUGUGUAUUUUGAAAUGUUGGUAUGUGAACUAAGAAUUUAUGU